UUGGCAACACAACAUUCUACGUCAGUCAGAGUCAGUUUAGAGGCGGCGACGAGGCGAAUUCUGUUUUUGUUAGCAGUGUCUUCUAAAUUACCAAUGUAACAGAACAUAUAUCUACAUUUUAUUUUUAAAAAUCAGUCUGGCUCAACGUUAUAAAUUUAAAGUAUUUCAAAUUCUUAACAAUGGUUCUAUAAUUACACAAAAGUGAAAAAUAAUAUAAGCCGAAAAAAAAGAAAUAUAAAUAAUAGACAGACAUAAAGGGAAAAAGUCAAAUUUGCUUAACCUAAUUUUGGAAUUGAGAAGACAAAUACUAACGGGUUUUAUGCGCUUAGCAAUCGCCUCGUUGUUGCCGUUGCCGGAGUAGAGCGGUGCGUAGAGUGUAUUAAGUGCCCGAAGCUGUACUUGGGCACUCGGACAGGCUGUAAUCAUGUCAAGCGAGGAGAUGCUAUACGCAAAGGGUUCCAAGAUUUGGAUACCCCAUGCGGAACAGGUGUGGGAGAGCGCCACGUUGGAGGAGAGCUAUCGCCAAGGUGCCGGCGUAUUGAAAAUUCAAACUGAAUCGGGCGCCUUGACAGAGAUUAAACUGAAAACAGAUGGCAGCGAUCUGCCACCACUGCGUAAUCCUGCUAUUUUGGUGGGCCAAAAUGAUUUAACCACACUCUCCUACCUGCACGAGCCCGGCGUUCUGUAUAAUCUGCGAGUGCGUUUCUGUGAGCGCUCAAUCAUUUACACCUAUUGCGGCAUUAUACUAGUGGCCAUCAAUCCGUAUGCGGAUUUGCCGCUGUAUGGACCGAACAUUAUACGCGCCUAUCGCGGCCAUGCCAUGGGCGAACUGGAGCCGCACAUAUUCGCGCUUGCCGAGGAGGCGUACACGAAACUGGAGCGUGAGAAUUGUAAUCUAAGUAUCAUUGUUAGCGGCGAAUCGGGUGCAGGAAAAACCGUGUCCGCCAAAUAUGCGAUGCGUUAUUUUGCCGCCGUUGGCGGCUCCGAGUCGGAGACACAGGUCGAACGCAAGGUGCUGGCAUCUUCACCGAUCAUGGAGGCCUUUGGCAAUGCCAAGACCACGCGCAACGACAAUAGCUCACGUUUCGGCAAAUUUACCAAGCUGCUGUUCACGAAUCACAUGGGCGUCAUGUAUCUGCAGGGCGCCACCAUGCACACGUAUCUGCUGGAGAAGUCUCGUGUGGUCUACCAGGCGCAGGGCGAGCGCAACUAUCAUAUAUUCUAUCAGCUGUGUGCGGCUCGUGCCAAGUAUCCCGAAUUGGUGCUGGAUCAUCAGGAUAAUUAUCAGUUCUUGAAAAUGGGCGGCUCGCCAGAUAUUGAACGCGUUUCGGAUGCAGAUCAGUUUAAUGAUACGGUACAGGCCAUGACUGUCCUGGGCUUUUCUAUACAACAAAUUGCCGAUAUUGUCAAAAUACUUGCUGGCAUUCUGCAUUUGGGUAACAUAGAGGUGUCCAAGACGUACAAGGAGGGCAGCGACGAGGCAGACACCGAAUCGUGUGAUAUCUUUCAAAACGAUCUGCACUUGCAAGUAACUGGAGAUCUGCUGAAGAUAAAUGCUGAUGAUUUGCGUCGCUGGCUGUUGAUGCGUAAGAUAGAGUCGGUUAAUGAAUAUGUGCUGAUACCGAACAAUAUGGAGAUGGCGAUGGCCGCAAGGGAUGCCUUGGCCAAGCACAUCUAUGCGAAGCUCUUUCAGUAUAUUGUCAAUGUGCUGAACAAGAGUUUAUUUAACGGUAGCAAACAGUGCAGCUUCAUUGGCGUGCUCGAUAUCUACGGCUUCGAAACGUUCGAGGUGAACUCGUUUGAACAGUUUUGCAUAAACUAUGCGAACGAAAAGCUCCAGCAGCAAUUCAAUCAGCACGUCUUUAAGCUAGAACAGGAGGAGUACCUUAAGGAGGGUAUUACCUGGACCAUGAUCGAUUUCUACGACAAUCAGCCAUGUAUUGAUCUCAUUGAAUCACGCCUGGGCGUGCUGGAUCUGCUCGACGAGGAGUGUAGAAUGCCCAAGGGCUCAGAUGAGAGCUGGGCGGGCAAGCUGGUGGAUAAGUGUAACAAGUUUCCGCACUUUGAGAAGCCCCGCUUUGGAACCACAAGUUUCUUUAUUAAACACUUUUCGGACACGGUUGAGUACGAUGUGAAUGGUUUUUUGGAGAAGAAUCGCGAUACGGUAUCCAAGGAGCUAACCAAUGUGAUGGCACAGUCGAACAUGUUGCUCUGCAAACAGGUCAUGGUGCUCGAAGAGGUGGACACGCUCGGCACGGAUGCGAAUAAGAACACCACCACACUGGGUGGACGCGUUGUGAUUAGCGCCAAUCGCAAACAGCAACUCAACGAGACGCGUCGAAGAGUGGUGCCAUCGAAGCAGCACAAGAAAACUGUUGGCUCUCAGUUCCAAGAGAGCCUGGCUUCGCUGAUCUCAACAUUGCACGCAACGACACCGCAUUAUGUGCGCUGUAUUAAGCCCAACGAUGACAAGAUUGCCUUCAAGUGGGAGACGGCCAAGAUUAUUCAACAGCUGCGUGCCUGUGGUGUGCUGGAAACAGUGCGCAUCUCAGCAGCCGGAUUUCCUUCUCGCUGGCUUUAUCCUGAUUUCUAUAUGCGAUAUCAGCUGCUGGCGCAUCGCAACCAAAUCGAUAAGAAUGACAUGAAACAAUCCUGCCGCAAUAUUGUACUCAAGUGGAUACAGGACGAGGACAAAUAUCGUUUUGGCAAUACGCAGAUAUUCUUUAGGGCCGGACAGGUGGCCUAUAUGGAGCAAGUGCGCGCCAAUCUGCGCAAGAAGUACAUUACCAUUGUGCAGUCUGUGGUCCGUCGCUUUAUUAAGCGACGUCGCUAUCUGAAACUGCAAGGCAUUAUAUUUGGUAUACAGCGGCACGCACGUGGCUACAUGGCACGCAUGCGUGCCCAGAAAUUGCGUGAGGCGCGCGCUGCUCUCAUAUUGUCCAAGUAUGCGCGCGGCUGGCUGUGCCGCCGUCGUUACUUGCGUCUGUGCCACUCUGUUGCCGGCAUACAGCAAUAUGCGCGCGGUAUGUUGGCACGCAACAGGUUCUUUGCCAUGAGAGAUUACUACCGCGCUGUGCAGAUCCAGCGCUUUGUGCGGGGUGUACUGGCACGUCGAGCCUACCAGAAACGUCGUCGCAGUAUCAUCGUCUGCCAAUCGGCGGUGCGACGUUUCCUGGCGCGUCGCCAGUUCAAGCGCAUGAAGGCCGAGGCAAAGACAAUAUCGCAUAUGGAGAACAAGUACAUGGGCCUCGAGAACAAGAUCAUAUCCAUGCAGCAGCGCAUUGACGAACUCAACCGAGACAACAGCAAUCUGAAGCACAAGACCAGCGAGAUUAGCGUUCUGAAAAUGAAGCUGGAGAUGAAGAAAAACCUGGAGCACGAAUUUAAGAACAUAAAGGCCGCCUGUUUGGAUAAGGAUAAGCUGAUCGAGGCGCUCAACAAACAGUUGGAAUCGGAGCGCGAUGAGAAAAUGCAAUUGCUCGAGGAGAGCGGUCAUUCGCAGGAGGAGUGGAGUCAUCAGAAGCAACUGUGGUGCAUGGAGAACGAUGAGCUGCGCAAGCAAGUGGACUCCAUGAUCGAAAUGGCCAAGAGUGCGGAGGGCAGUCAGCGCGAUCGCGAAGAGCGCAUGCUAACCGAAAUUGACAAUAAGGAGCUUAACGAAGCCUAUCAGCGUGCCAUCAAGGACAAGGAGGUGAUCGAGAAUGAGAACUAUUCGCUUAAGGAGGAGCUCAGUCGCUACCAGCAGCAGCAUAAUGGCCUCGGUGCCUAUGGCAUGCAUCACACACGCAGCGCCAGCAAUGCAUCCAGUCAAAACGAAGAUGAUGUGGGCUAUGGCUCCGCCAAGAACACCCUGGACGUACACAGACACCCGGAGUUGAUGAAUAAGAAUGAUUCAUUCUUUGAUAGCACCAGCAUUGUAGUCAAGCUGCGCUCCAUACUCGAGGAGGAGAAGCAGAAGCACAGGGGCUUGCAGGAGCAGUACGUGAAGCUGGCAAGUCGCAAUAAGCCUACGGAAGAUUCAUUCCGCGUCUCCGAGCUUGAGGUAGAGAACGAGAAACUACGCAGCGACUACGAUCAGCUGCGCACGAGCAUUAAACACGGUGUUGAGAUCAACGAGCUCAAUGCACAACAUGCAGCCCUACAAGAGGAAGUGCGUAGACGACGAGAGGAGUGCAUCCAAUUGAAGGCCGUUUUACUGCAGCAGAGCCAAACGCUGCGCUCCAUUGAACCGGAGAGUCUCCAGCUGCGAGGCAGCGAUGCCAGCAAUGUGCACGAGAUAAUGGAAGCAUUUCAGUCACAGAAACUGGUCAACAGGCAGUUGGAAUCGGAGCUAAAGGCCAUUACAGAGGAGCACAACAGCAAACUGAUGGAAAUGACGCAGGCCAUCGAGCGGCUCAAUAAUGAAAAGGACGAAAUGCAGGAGGUUCUAUUCAAGAGCAUCGAUGAGUUCGAUGAGGCCAAUAUGGACACGCUAAAGCAGAACGAUCGUUACUUGCGCCUGGAACUGAAGAAGGCCAUAACACAGUACCUGCUGGUGCAGGAUGAGCUAAAGCUGGCCAAUGCCAAGCUGAAGGCGUACAGGCAGGACGGCGGCAAGCUGGAGAGUCAGCUGGAGGAGGAAAUGAUACGCAAUAAGGCGGCCAAUAGCAGCAAUAGCAACAACGAUGUGGGCGCCAAUGUGACCAAACAAAAGUCUCAAAAUCCGCUCGGACUGAUGAAGUUCCACAACAGCGACCUGGACAAGAUCUUGCAGCGUCUGCUAAAUAGUCUCACGCCACGCACUGUCGUCGGUCUGCUGCCCGGCUUUCCCGCCUAUCUUAUCUUUAUGUGCAUUCGCUAUACCGAUCUGACCAAUGCCGAUGAAGAUGUGCGCGAGCUUCUCAGUAAAUUCGUGAUGCAAAUUAAGAAAAUGCAUAGGACCCCCCAUCCGAUAGAGAACCGCGUCAUUUGGCUAGUCAACUCCAUAACACUGCUGAAUUUGUUAAAGCAAUACGGCGAUGUUGAGGAAUACGUUAAAUUUAAUACGGAGAAACAGAAUCAACAGCAAUUGAAGAAUUUCAAUCUCUACGAAUACCGACGCGUUAUACUCGAUCUAAUUGUGAAUCUAUAUCAGGCGCUAGUUAUGCAGAUACAGGGCCUGCUGGAUCCCAAGAUCGUGCCGGCCAUAUUAAACAACGAUGAGAUACAACGCACUCGCCAUGCACAUGGGAUGCGCAAUCGAAACACAGAUUCCUCAUCAUCACCCGAGCAUGGAAAUGUGCCUGCCUGGAAGCAGCUGAUUGGCCAACUGGAGCACUUUUACAAGCAAUUCCAGCACUUUGGCUUGGAUAGUGUCUAUGCUGAGCAGAUAUUUAGCCAGCUCUUGUACUUUGUUUGCGCAGUCGCGCUCAACUGUUUGAUGCUGCGCGGCGACAUCUGUAUGUGGGAAACGGGCAUGAUAAUUCGCUAUAAUCUGGGCUGCAUUGAGGAUUGGGUUCGCGACAAGAAGAUGUCAAAUGAGGUGCUGUUGCCAUUGGCACCAUUGAAUCAAGUAUCCCAGUUGCUGCAGUCUCGAAAGAGUGAGGAAGAUGUGCAAACCAUUUGUGAUCUGUGCACGUCGCUUAACACCGCCCAGGUGUUAAAGGUCAUGAAAUCCUACAAGCUGGAUGAUUACGAAAGCGAAAUAACCAAUGUAUUUCUGGAUAAGCUAACACAGAAAUUGAAUGCGCGGGAAAUGUCCAAGAGCGAUGAGUUUACAAUGGAUCAAAAUUUCAUACAUCCCUUUAAGGUGGUGUUCAAGUACAGCGACAUCAAACUGGAGGAGAUCGAGUUGCCGCCGCAUUUAAAUCUCGACGAAUUCCUCACAAAAAUAUAAAUUUUGUAUGCGAGUGCGCGUUUCAACCAAUUAUUUUGAAUGUUGCCAUUUGACGUGACUUGAUUUUGUUUUGUGUUAUACGAGUCCUAGCUAAUUGUAGUGAGAAGUCUAAGUGCGUAAAUGUAGUUCCUGUUUAGUUUAAUGAGAAACGAAACCCCUAACUACCGACGAUUCACAUCCCUUUUUUUUGGACCCGUACUGCUAGCCAUUUUUGCCAAUUUUUUUUAGUUUUGUAGUAGCUUGUUAAAAACGGGUUUGAACCAAUGCAAUAUAAGAAACUUAUUUGUAAUUAUAAAUGAGGGAGUAAAACUCCAGCAAAAAGCAUUCCUAAGUUGCAAUAAUAAAUUAACCUUGUACCUUAACUUAUACAUUAAAUGAAAAGAAAAACGUAUUCAUAUAGUUGAAAUGUACUUAAUGAACAUUGAAAUGUUAUAAAAAUCUAUGUAUACAAUGGCCGAUUUGUUGCCUUAAACGUUUGGAAUAUAGAGACUUGUUAAGAUAAUAAGUACUUAUAUAUUUAUAUAUAUAAGUAUAUAUAUAUAUAUAUCAUAGAGCGCUAUAUUUGUAACGAUGCUGUAUUCGAUUUAUGUAUUCUCAUAUUUUUUGUAAGUUAUAUGUAUUAGCGUGUUUUGAAGAACGAAACCCCAAACCGAACUGGGCUUAAUCAAACAAUAAAAAUAAGCUUUGGCAUUUGUUUGAUAUAUGACAAAUUUAUAUUAAAUACACGUGUACAAUAAAAUUUAACGCAAGAAUUUGUACAAUAAAAGCUAUUAGCAAAUUA